AUGAGCUGUGGCAUCAGGCAGGUCAUUACUACCUGUUCCCAAGGCAGAAGCAGUGCUGGUAGCUCUGCUGCCAGUAGCGGAAGAAGGGGCUCCUCUGCUUCCUCUGCAAGACAGACUGCCUAUGACUUAGGUAGCGCAGCUGGCAAUUCUUCUGGUGGCAGUUUAAGUGAGGGAUUAAUGGGGAAACUGAAUGUUGGCAGUGGUACAGGUGGAAGCUUUGGAGCUAUCCAACAGGCUUGUUCUACCACUGGAUUCAGCAGUGGAAACAUUUACGCUCGAGGCCUUGGUGGUGGAUUCACCAGAGCUAGUGCUGGUUGUGCGGAGGGGAUCUUAUUUGCGAACAAUGAAAAGGCGACUAUGCAGAACCUUAACGAUCGCUUGGCCUCCUACCUGGACAAGGUGCGACUCCUGGAGGGAGAAAACGCUGAUCUUGAGCGCAAAAUCAGGGAGUGGUACGCUAAAGCAGGCCCCAGCUGUGAACCACAGGACUACAGCUGUUUUCAUAAAGAAAUUGAUGAUCUUCAAACCAAGAUCCUGUGCGCAGUUAUGGAAACCAACAAAAUUAUUCUGAAUAUCUAUAACAACAGGAUGACUGCGGAUGACUUCAGAGUGAAGUAUGAGACUGAAUGCAGUCUCCAGCAAAAUGUGGGUGCAGAUAUCUGUAACUUACGCCUCGUCCGGGAUCAGCUGGCCAGCUGCAAGACUGAUCUGCAGUUACAGUUUGAGGCUUUGACCGAAGAGAUGUGUUGUCUCAAGACAAACCAUGAGGAGGAAAUGAGCUGUCUAAGGAAACAAGCAACUGGCAAUGUGAGUGUGGAGGUCAACGCCUGUCCCAGCCCAGACCUCAGGAAGAUCCUGGAGGAGAUGAGGUGCCAGUAUGAAACCCUGAUGGAGCGGAACCGCAAAGAGAGCGAGAGGUGGUACACCUGCAAGGUAGAGGAGGUGAACCUGGAGGACAUCACAAGCAGCCAGGAGAUAGAGGCAAGCAACAAACAGAUCACUGAACUGAGACGUCAGCUGCAAGCCUUGGAAAUCAAUGUACAAGCCCAGCUCAGCGUGAAAGAAAAUCUGGAAUCCUCUUUGGCAGAAACCGAAUGUCACUACAACAAAUACCUUGCUGAGCUACAGAGCCAGAUCUCCUGCGUGGAGCAGCGGCUGGCUGAAAUACGAGCAGAAAUGGAGUGCCAGAACCAAGAAUACAAGACCCUGCUGGAUGCCAAGUGCCAUUUGGAGCAGGAGAUUCAGACCUACCGCUGCCUGCUGGAGGGCGGACGGCAGGAUAUUGUAGGGCCAGGGGGGAGAGGAGCUCCUGCAACACCAGCUGCGAGAAGUGGUGGGCUUAAAGCCAGCCUGUGUCAGCCGUGCUUGUCCUGA